AUGUCGAAGGAUUUACCUCCCCAGGAAGACAGGAUGAGCACAGGUGGUGUUGACGUUCUGUUUCUGAAUGAAAACAUGAAGAAAGAUGACCUUUCCAUGGAACAAACUGAAAAUCGCCCAGCGCAAAUAAGUCUCCAUCAAUGGGCUGGGGAGCCUGUCAAGCAGGAAACAGAGACUGGGUACAACUACGCAAGGGCCCUGCUCCUGCUGGGCCUGGAUGAUGGGACUGGGCCUAGUGAUGAGGAUCCUGCCCUACGGAGAGGGGCCUACCUGUCCUUUCUGUACCUGCGCCACCUGCGAAUCAGGGAGCUGCAGCGCACCUGCUUAGGAAUUCUGAACUACUUCAGAUCUGUGGAGCGGACGCUGACGAUCAACACUUCAGGCCUUACCUUGGUCGCAGGGAGCCUGGUCCCCACCACAGAAGAGAGUUCCUGGGUGAAUACGGCAAAAGGAGGCCUGGGCACCUUGCAAGGCCUGAGAGCUCACCACUAUGUCCACGGGACACCUGCCGAGCACAAGACUUACAACCAUAUGAAUCAUUCCAAAGGCCAGAUUACUUCUUGCCCAAACAGGAUGACGUGCUCACCUUCAGCUCUUUUAUCUGAACUCGUGGCCAUGAGGCCCAGGCCCGGCCUGUACGUGAUGAACCUUCUGGUGCCCAGUGGCUUUCUGGAUAUCAUCCAGACCUUCUGCUUCUACAUGUUGGCAGAUAGCUUGGCUUUGUUUACGCAGGUCCAUGGCACCCAAUUCAUGGAGUUCUCAGAAGUGGAGAACCAGGAUGACUACUAUAGCACCGAAGCUGGCUACGUCCACACCCAGGACCAGCAAGGGGUGUAUGUCAUGUAUGACGAGGCCUUGAGUGACCUGAAGGAACUAGAGGCAGAACUGCUGCUGUUGGCCAGCCAUUACAUUGAGAAAGAAAAAGGUCACAAAGAGGGCAGCAAGCCAAAUGCUGGCCAGGUCUGGGAAUGGGCCCAUGCAGGAGUGGACAGAUUUGCUGUGCUGUGUGACCUGUGGACUUGGGAGGCAGCCCUUCUAGAAAACAAGCGCCAGCUUCUCGACUGUUAUUUUGAAGCCUACCAGCACACGCUGGACCCCGAGGAGAGGUUUGCCUUAGCACAAGUGAUCACUGACAUCAUGCACAGAGGCCCCAGGUUUGAUCUCAGCCACCCUUACUUCAUUAAGGCCUACCGAGAUGAAUGCACCUGCCUGAGGCUUCACCAGCAGCUACUGAGGGGCAUCCUCAACCAGCACAUAGAGCGGCAGCGGGAGUAUGUCCAGAGGCUUUGGCAAGAAGGCCGUCCCGAUGAGAGCAAUAACUUUGGACUUCCCCUUAACAUAAUUUGCAAACAACUUAUUUCCAUCAACAAUAGCUGCCCCGCAUUGAAAAACAUUCAUCUGCUGGAGUUCCACCCUUCCCUGGGCCUGGCAUCGCUCAUCCCCAGAGCCCUCGAGCACCUCUUCCAGGAGGCCCGCCACAUCUGCAGGCCUGCAUCAUCCAGCGGCCUCGCCCUGCUGGAGAGGCGGCUGCUACAGCUGGCCCUGGAUGUGUGGCUCACCCCAGCCACGCACGAGUCCUGGUACAGCGCACAGCUCCAGAAAGAUCUGCUUUCAGCGAAGGUGAUGGGCGAUCCCUUUCUUGUGGAGGAGAUAGGCCUGCUUGCACUUAAGUCUGCAGCAGCCGAAGGACAGAACCAAGGCCGAGGUGCUCGUGUGCUGCUCCUGGAGACGUUUUCCAAACUUCUGGAACUUGUGACCCUCCGCCACCGGCUGAUAGAAAUGAGCGUGGAGAGCGCAUGCUUGGCUCGUCUCUAUAAGAAAAUGGCGUGGGAGAUGGGCUUUGGAGAGUUCCAUUUGCAUCUGAGGCCUGUUCACUUUGAGUUUGCAACACACAAGGACAAGGUGGAUCAUCAACCGCCUGUCUUUAUCACCUCUCUGCUGGAGAACAGUGAUCGCGUAGACAGAUAUUCUCCUACUUCUCUUGUCUUGGCCAUCUCUGAGGUGGAUGAUAACCAAGUUGGCAAAUUUAGUUUUUAUACAAAGGAAGCCAUCCUUAAGCUCUUGUUCCAUUCGGGAGUUGAAAACAUGCAAGUGACUCUUGCAUGUCAAGCUGCUCAGAAAAAUGCUUUGAUGGUGGCUGUCCAGCAUGCAUUCUUCUAUCACACUCCCCGAGGGGGAUGUCCUGCUGAUGUCCAGGUCAGCCUGUAAGAUAGGGGAGCCUGAGGCAUGUACCAUGAUCCACCAGCUAACAUCAGGCUGUUCCUUCCUUGCGAAAUACGUUCAGAUCUGAAAAAUGAUGGUGGAAUGGGUCCAACCAGAAGAAAUUCCAGAAUUGUAAAUGGCAUAGAGAGAUUGCUGUUGGCCCCAACUCCGAAACUUCCAGACACCUUUAUUCUUCCUUCAGAAAGAUCCAAGGCUAUCAAAAGGGCUCCGGAGGCUUUCGUGUCUAUUCAAUUGGAAAAGGUGGGACUGCGGGACAUGAUGCUGAAUGCCUUCCUCCUCAGGAAACAAGCCAUGGCUGACUCAAUGAACCUCGAUGAAAUUGAGAAAACCAAGAGAGAAGUAAUAGUGGAAUAUUGUCAGAAAUUUAACCACCGCAUGUCUCACUAUGCUCUUCGGGGUCAGAUCAUGGCCUACUGCAAUAGCCUGAGGGCCCUGCUGGAAGAUUUCCCUACCGUCAGGGACACCGUUUUCAUGGUGGGGCAACCACAAGAGAAGAAGGGGUUGAGGGAUUCCAAGAAGGGCUGCAAGGAUGACUUCAGUGGCCACUCCUAUGUUGAUACUGACAAGGUGUCCAAUUUGUGA